CCUGACUCUAAUUCGUAAAAUUAUUUGCAUUCCACUACACUGCAACUUUAAAACAAAACUGUGGAAACUAACAACACAACAAUGAGUUCGGUAACGUUAUCAGGUUCGCCUUCUUCCGCCGUCCCACUGAUGAUAUUCCGCCGUCUGCUCCGACCAAACACCCCUCCCCUCUGCUGCUUUUCUCUCCGCCCUAAACAUCUUCUCCGAAUCCCUUCUCUAGCGUCGCCGCUUAUCUUCCCAUCCGUGAGCCCCCAUUUAUCGUCUACAGAUUAUCGCCAUUUCUCCACAAACCCAAAACUUCAAGCCCUUCUUCAAUUUAAAAAUUUCGUUGAAGAAAUAGAGGAAGAAAUCGAUUCUGAUGGGACUGAGGAAGCUCAAGAACCAGAAGCAGUACCUGUCACCGCCGAAUCUCCCGAAAAUCGGAGGCUGCAUACGAAGCUUCAGGGCCUCACCGUGAAGGAGAAGAAAGAGUUAGGUUCUUAUGCACACAGCCUGGGGAAGAAGCUCAAGUCUCAACAGGUCGGAAAGUCUGGAGUCACUGCUACUGUUGUCACUGCCUUGGUUGAAACCCUUGAGAAAAAUGAACUUUUGAAGCUUAAAAUACAUGGAAGUUGCCCCGGAGAGCUGGAGGACAUAGUUAAGCAAUUGGAAGUGGACACUGGGUCUGUCGUGGUUGGCCAAAUUGCUAGGACUGUGAUUCUUUAUAGACCAAGCCUUUCUAAACUGGAAGCUGAAGAGAAGAAAAGGCGAGCUCAAAGAGUUUCUUCCAUAACGAAAAAGAAGCUGAUGAAACCCACUGAGGGAAAGGGAUUGGCAGCAAGACCAUCAAAUCGUGGCCGUAGGGGGAGUAGCAGAUUUUCCUGAUGUGAAUGCUGAUACCCAUAUCGAUCCUCAUACCUAAGAAAUAGGUAAUAUCUGUAAAUCUGUGAAGGGCGUGAUGGCAAGUAGUAGCCUUUGGAAUUUAACAUUUCUAUUAAGUAAGAUGAGACGGUUGAGGUCCCAAUUGAAGCCAAAGGAGAACUACUAACCGCAGAAUGUAGCCUCUAAAUACGUAGAUUGUGGACCUUUUUAUAUAUAUUCCGGAUGUGGUAUUCUACUAGUUACGUAGUACGGAGUAUAAUUUUAGCUUCCGUGAAGAUUUUUUAAUUUUUAUAUGAGCAAGGAAUCCUUGUAUUUUUUUUAAUGUAAUUGGCUUAUAUCAGAAUCACUGAAAUCAUCUUUAGUCUUUACAAUAUCCUCAACAUACCCAGCAAACCUAUUUAUUCCCUAAAUAGA